GCCAGAGCAACCUGAAGAGCCCAGAGGACAUCCAGGUCUACAUUGUCAAUACAAACUUCACCCUGAGGUGGAACUACACUGGGAAUGAUCCCAAUGUGACAUUCUCAGCCCAAUACCAGUGCUUUAAUUUGUUUGAGGGCAGCGAAGAGUGGAAGGAGCUGCCUGGGUGCCAGAACAUCACUGGCACAGAGUGUGACUUCUCCUCAGCCAUAACUGAGUACUACGAUGGGCAUUACGUGCGUGUCAGGGCUGAGAACGGGGAACACGUGUCUCCAUGGUCCAGCAACUUCGAGAUGUUUCCAAAUCACAUAGCUCACAUUGGUCCUCCAGGGAUAGAGUUGAAGUCCACAAAUGGAGUCAUAAAGAUUAAGGUUUAUCCUCCAGAAGCAAAUCAAGGCCACAAAAUGUGGAUAGAUGAUCUGAGUUUUAGAUAUAACCUAGUUUUCUGGGUCAAUUCAUCAACUGUUCAGCUGAGGAGAAGUAUUUUCCCCAUCGACACCAUCGAUGGCCUUGCACCAGACACGACUUACUGCUUGAAGGUGCAAGCAAACCUUCCUUUGGAGUCCAAAGAAGGUCUGUUCAGUCCCAUUCGCUGCGUGAAAACCACCCACAAAGUGAAUGACCUUCUCUGUCCCACAAACCUCAGUGUUGUCGCUGUGAACAUGAACUUCCACCUGCAGUGGAGUAACCAGUACAAACAACACGUCAGCUACGACGUCCAGUACCUCAUGGGGUAUCGAAAGCAAUUUUAUGAUGACUCUUCAAGGAAGUGGUCCAGUGUCCCCGGGUGUGAGAACAUCACCCACACACGAUGCAGUAUCUCCUCUGUCAUCACUAACUCUGGAUUUUAUUACCUCCGUGUGGAGGCCAAGGGUGACCACAACAAAUCCUGUCUGUCCUCUGAAGUCAAAGUAGAUCCUCUGAAAACAAAUGAAAUUGGCCCUCCUGGUGUAAAGCUGGACAUCAGUGAGGUUUUGCUCCACAUCCAGAUUUCUCCUCCAGGAGGUCCUGAGCGUAAAGAUAUGAGGGACCAAUAUGACUUGUCUUACAGGAUCUUCUACUGGAAGAAUUCAUCCAGUGAUGAGGAGGAAGUGAAGAUGAAGGAGAUCAAACAGACCAUAGGGACAGUCUCUGACCUGUCACCUGCCACCUUGUACUGUGUCAAAGUCCAGGCCUUCUCAGAGGCUUACAACAAGAGCAGUCAGUACAGCCAAGAGCAAUGCAUCCAGACUCCUGGAGACAAAACUUUACCUCUGGUCAUUCUAGCAACAUUCGUGACUGCCCUCGUUGCUGUUCUCCUGGUGGCUCUGCCAUUUGUCUUUAUCCUCUAUCAAGCCUACAGCAAGAUCAAGUACAUCUUCUUCCCUUCAUGCCAACCUCCUCUGAACAUUGAGAGGUUUGAAGAACAACCCUUCAGCCAUCCUUACCUGACAGUUGCAGAGGAACAAGUAGAGAACUGUUCUGUAAUUGAGACCGUGAUCACAGAAGGAACUCAGAUUGACUUCAGAGACUACAAACAUUCCAAACAGAGCAGUCGAGACUCAGGCAAUUACUCCAAUGAUGACAACACCUCAGGAAGCAAAGGGUCAGGAGAAAUCCUAGGAAAGGGAAUAGUAUAA